UUUCGGAGGAAAAGACGCGGUACAACAGUGCACAGGUGUGCGCAAGGGUGUAGCACGAGCCUGCGCCGCAAAGUUGGAUUAGUUCCACAACAGCUCCGAGCAGCUGAUGACAUUUUGACGAUGAUGGAGGAUCCGGGAUGUGGAUGUGUGUAGUUGGAAGGCCGAAUGUGGAUUGAAUUGAAUUGUGUGGAUUUUAAUGCGGAGUUACUCAACACUCGAUCCUAUUAUCGUAUUGUCACUAGGCGACGGGAGUCGAAAACUAUUCGAUUCGACGGAUCGAAAUGUUUCGCAAGAUCUUCAAAUCAAUGCGCUAUUUCAAAUUGAAAGAACCUUCGCGCGUUCUAAGGCGCCACCUGUUGGCGGAAAUUCAUACGCAAACUCUGUCGAUUAUGUAGUUUUAGUGAUGUCAGAAAAUUGGCGGGAUUUUACUCCUGCGCGGUCUUUUGCUUUUCUGCUACGCGGUCAGUUGUGAUGUCGAUGAUAGAUUGCACUCGUGCCUGACGUGAAGAAUUUGCCAAUUCAUCGGAAAAAACGGAGCAGAGUUUUUGACAGGCGUCAACAAUGCCACUCACUCAAUUAUUCCUGUGAUUCGUGUCUGAAAUUUUUUUAUAAUAAAGCCUACAGAUAUUAGAGAACAAGUAUUUGAAGAGUUCACUGAAACCAUGAGCCAUGAAGAUUCAGACGAUGACCUUCUUGCUGAUCUUUUGGCAAAUGCAGAUGAUGAUGAUGGUCCGAAACCAAGUGCCAGUAGCUCCUCUGAGCCACCAAGUAAACCACGGGCAUUGAAAGAACUCGAUUUUCAUUUUCUGGACAAAGACUUUUCUAGCAAUUUCGAAGAUGAGACACUCAAAGUUCCAUCCCCGAGGAGCCAGAAAGAAGCUGCCUCUGCUAUUGACGACCACGCAAACUCCUCUGAUGACGAGGAUAAGAAGUAUUUUGAAAAACAACAGUAUUCUGACUAUGGGAAAGAUAUUAAAAAUUUGCUUAAGACUAAGGAAGCUGAGAAAAAAGACAAAAGUUUAGAAUAUACUUUUAGGAAGGAAAACACCGACAACAAUAGUUUGACAAGGAAUGAGUCACUUUCUAAGACCAAUAACUCUCCUUUAUCAAAUAGUUUCAACAAAUUGGCUCCAAAAAAUGACAAGUACAGCUUGCAAGUUCCAGCAAGUCCUAGCAGUACCUUGGCUCGCAAAGACGUAUACAGUGAUCCAAUUUUUGGUCUAAAGAUUGUCAAGCCCUUGGUGUCAUCAGCGGAGCUCACUGAAAAAAUGCAAGGUAGAAAAGCUGUAACUGUUUCAAACAUCAAGUUGCAUUUGACAAACCAAGCUCUAGGACUGCUACCGGAAGAUUGGGUGAUUGCAGGAGUAUUAUUGAAUACAAGUACUAAAACUUCCCAGAAAGGCAGUCAUUAUUGCAUUUGGAAAAUCUCUGAUCUUUCUACAGACAUGAAAGCAGUUUCCAUAUUUCUCUUUAGCGGUGCAUACAAACAGUUUUGGAAAACAACACCAGGUGCUGUUGUUGGCAUUUUGAAUCCCUCAGUUAUGGAAUCUAGAGAUGAUAAGGAUUUAGCCACACUCUCUGUAGACAACGCUUUAAAAAUAAUGAUUUUAGGCACUUCCAGGGACCUGGGCAGGUGUAAAUCAAUGAAAAAAAGUGGAGACCGUUGUACAGCUCCAGUUAACUUAAGCCAAUGCGAAUAUUGCAUUUAUCAUAUAAAACAAGAAUAUGGAAAAUAUUCCAGAAGGUCUGAACUUCAAACAACUGGAAUGCGAAGAGCUUUUGGAAAUACAUCCAGCUCACCUAAAACAGCUACACCACAAAGGCAUCCAGAAGCAGCAAAUUUUGUAGCUAUCCCAGCUAAGCGAAAUGAGGCUCAGUACAAAAAGGAUUGCGAAAGAUUAGCCUUAUUGAGAGGAGAUUCUUCUGCAAUUAAGAAGUUCAAACAACAACAACAACAACAACAAAAAGAACCAGAAAAAAAAGUAAAGGCGACUAGCGUUGAAUUGACAACUUGUCAGAUGAGAAAAGAUCAAGAAAGAUUAACAAAAUUGCAACAGUGGUCCGAUACACAGAAUUUUGAUUCUCCAACUGUAAAGGAAGAAAAAAAACCAGAACCAAAGUUCAGUUUGCCUGUUCCAAAAUUGGGAACUGGAGUGAGAGGAGGUAUAAUAGACUUUUCUCAGCCGAUUCCAAAAAAUCUUGACAGAGCUAGGCUCAGUGCUAUUGAGUGGGUCAGAAAAAACGGCUCUUUCAAAAAGACAAAUCCAAAUAAAAUUCGUCCAGCUAAAGAAGAAUUGGCGGAAAAAGGAAUUAAGCGUAGACGAGAAGAAGAGGAAGGCGAAGAAAUAGAAGCGGAAAAAAUUAGGAAGGAAGAAGUUGUCAAAAGUAAAUUCCAAGAAAUGCUAGAAAUGAAAUCAGCUCAUUCAGAUCUUAUCGAGAAGCGGCAAGACGAGGAGACGGAGCAAUACUUCCGAAAAUUAGAAGCAAAAGAACGCAUGGAAGAGAAGAUGUUGACGACUUACAAAAUCGAUUGCAAAGCUGUAAGAUGUAGCGUUUGUAAAUACGUUGCUUUUUCGAGUUCAGAUUUGUGCAAGAAAUUGCAGCAUCCAAUCAAAGUCAUUGAUGCGGUUAAAAGAUUCUUCAAGUGCGGCGAUUGUGGAAACAGAACUAUAAGUCUCGACAGAAUACCCACGGAAACUUGCAAAAAAUGUUCCAGCUCCAAAUGGGUAAAAGCUGCCAUGAUGAGCGAAAAGAAAACUGAAUUGGCUGGUUCAAAGUUGUGCAUAAGAGGUGGUGAAGAAAAAUUUAUCGGAUCUAUGGCAACUGAUGCAAGUCUGAACUUGUUAGUGCCAGAAUCUGAUUAAUGAACGUUAUUGUACAUAACUUAUUGCGUAAUUUAUAUUUUUAUGACAUAAAAUAAACAAAACAUUUUAAAUAAAAGAAAA